AUGGCACCGCUCUCUCAUUUGGAGAUUGCCACGCAGUCCGUCCUGCGUCUCGUCAAGGAAGAGGCGUCCUACCAUCGCGAGCUUAAGGAACAGACCGAACGGGUUCAGCGACUUGAAGCUCAACAGAACACCGAUGACGAAAAUAGCGAAUACACCCUGAAACAAGAGCGUCUUGCCCUGGAUGAGACCAAGAGAGUCCUGCCUACACUCAAGCAGAAGAUCGAAGAUGCCAUAGCGAAGCUUCAGAGUCUAUUGACCGAAGAGGGCCAGAAGGGCACUGAGAGCAACGUCGAGCAUAUCAAUGCCGCAAAGGAUGCUAUUUCGAAAGCCAGAACAGCUGAGAGGGAGAUUGCUUGA